UUCGCCGACGCCACAGUCUGUUCUAACUCCGCAGUAGUCGGGUAUCUGCAGUCGCGUCAGGCACCCACGUGUAUUUUUUACGUCUUAGUAAUAACAAUAUAAUAUCCCUGCAGUGUGUACAUAUUAUAAUAUUAUUAUGGUAUAGGUACAAUACGGCGAAUUUGCGUAGUAUUGUGUGUUAUAAUAUAAUGUGUGAAAAAAUUGCGUGAAACUAAAUAUUUUAUACGGAUUAAACGUCGUCGUGCAAUACUUGCUCAUCUACUAGCCGUAUAUUAACAAUAAUAACUGUCGGGGUCAGUGCGCAUAUAAACGUUUUACCUUCCUAUAAGUUAUAAUAAUAUAUGUUUAUACUUGACAGAAUCCGCAUAAUAAUAGACGCACGAGAUCAACGUUCUUCCGCGAUCCCGUCGAACCAUACGACUCCGAAAUCUUAUAAUAAUAAUUACUCGUGGCAAAAUCGUACACAUUUAUACCGCCAACCACCAUCAUUAUUUAAGUGCUUUUUGUCACGAUCGUAUAUGAUUCGUAUAUGAAAUAAAUUUAAUAUAAAAUGUAUAAUUUUCUCAUGUAAUAUAGGUACACGCCACACGGGUUACAUUAUAAUAACUUGGGCCGAACGUGGUCGUGUCCAACAAGGUCGCUAUUAUUGAAGAUCAAGGUCCGCGACGUUGAAAUUAUAUUAUAAUACAUACUUUAUUAAAACUUUUUUAUUAUUUCUUUGUUUUUUUUUUUUGUUUUACUUCUCGUUAUUUUUUUUUUUUUACACGUAACAAAGGGGUUGUCCGUGAACUUCACAAAUAUUUGCAUUUCCCUGUAUUUUUUUGUCGUUUUUUUGUUGUUUUAACAUAAAAGUAAUAUCCAGACGCGUUGUCCAGACGCCGUUUGCCAUGACAUCGACACUGUACAAUAAGAUUGGACUUAUACCCAAACAGAAACCGAUUAGAGUAAUGAUCAUGGGACAACCCGGCGUAGGGAAAACUGCGCUGUUGGUGCGAUUCGUGACGAAAAAGUUCAUUGGUGAUUACGACCCCAAUCUAGAAAAAAUGUACACAUACCAAGUGUCCAUGGAAUCGGAAAUUGUUAACUUCGAGAUAUUGGACACUGCUGGAUACGUACAAGACAAAUCUUGCAACUUGGAAAUGAACAUGCGCUGGGCCGACGUGUUCAUACUGGUAUACUCCAUUACGGACAAAUGUUCAUUUGACGAUUGCAGUAGACUCAAGUUUUUGAUUAACUACAACAAAAAGAAACGUCGUCUUUCCACUAAAGAUCAUCCAUUUGAUGUGCCAGUGAUACUGGUCGGUAACAAAGUGGACCAACAGUAUGAUCGGAUGGUGACGUACGCUGAAGGUCGGAAACGGUGCCAGGAACUUGGGUGCGUGGCUUUUCAUGAGAUUUCAGUGCGGGAAGAUGUUGAUCAGGCAUAUGCAGUGUUUAAAGAAGCGUUCACAUGUUGGAAAUCAAUGUCUAAAAAUCCAAAACUUAAACGUUCUUCUUCUGAUCACGGUGCAGAAGCACUCUUCAAUUCAGCAUCUAGAUUCAUAAGUUGGCCGUUAGUGUUCGGCGACAGCGCGUGCAGUUCAUCAAAUCGUUCGGAAGACACUCCCGAGUUCCGUGCCAGGGCUUCGACGGAAGGACACAUCCGGUCAGGCGCGACGGCUUGCCGGUAUCUGCCCACGUUGUCAGCCAGAGGAAGUAUUUGCUGCCACUUGAAAAAAUGAGAGUCAACACCAAAGCGCAUUUACAUGCACAUAAUAUUACGACGUGUUAUAUAUUAUUAAGCUACAUAUAUAUCGCGAGCGGCAUCGAUAAAAUAAUUGCCUUCAUGCACAAUCCAAUAUAAUAUGACACCAUCGAUUAAUGUAUUAUGUACCUAUAUAAUAUUAUAUACCUACGUUAA